UUGGCGGGAAAUGUCUGUCAGAGAAGUGGUUCAAAACAAGCGGGACUGUGUUAGUGCUGCUGAACAAUAAGGAAAGCGAGCUCUAAGUCAACUACUACCAAAUUAAUCAAGGUUACUAAAAUGAUAGGGCAGAAAACUAUCAAUUAUUUUUUUUCGCCCAUUUCGAAGAAGAGAGCUUCGGAAGGGGAACAUGAGAGAGAGGAUACCCAAGAACAUGUUGGACGGGUGAAGAAGCUGAAGCUAUCAGGCAACGGAACGAUGGAGUCACCCCCUUCUCCACUGUGUCCAGAACUGCUGGCCCGAAUCGCCAAAAACAAGCAAGCUGCGUUGGAGAAACUGUCCGCCAGUAACACACCGGAUGAAUUUGGGGAGAGUUGGAGAAAGAGUUUGGUCUCUGAGUUUGGAAAGCCGUAUUUCAUAAAGUUGAUGUCUUUCGUUGAUGGAGAGAGGAAACUGAACACUGUCUACCCACCCCCUCAGCAUGUUUUCACCUGGACACAGAUGUGUGACAUCCAAGAUGUCAAGGUUGUAGUCCUCGGGCAGGACCCAUAUCACGGUCCAAACCAAGCCCAUGGAUUAUGUUUCAGUGUGCAGAGACCUAUCCCACCUCCACCCAGCUUGUUGAAUAUGUACAAAGAAUUGGCGUCUGAUAUAGAGGGCUUCCAGCACCCUGGACAUGGAGAUUUAACUGGAUGGGCUAAACAAGGUGUCUUGCUGCUCAAUGCUGUGCUGACCGUCCGAGCUCACCAGGCCAACUCUCACAAAGACAAGGGCUGGGAAACUUUCACUGACGCUGUGGUGCAGUGGCUCAGCUCCAACCGGGAGGGCCUCGUCUUCAUGCUGUGGGGGGCCUAUGCUCAGAAGAAGGGAGCAGCUAUUGAUAGGAAACGUCACCAUGUCCUUCCCACUGUACACCCCUCCCCUUUAUCUGCUCAUCGAGGCUUCUUUGGAUGCAAGCACUUUUCCAAGACCAAUGAGUUGCUGGAGAAAUCAGGGAAGGAGCCCAUAGACUGGAAGGCACUUUGAGAUGUCCUACACAGCCUUAUUUUCAUGGUGGGGGUUCCAAAAUUCAACUAACUAGAUUCAUCACUACUGCUACCAAACCAUAAGCUUAUGGUAUUAUUUUUGUUAUCAAAUAUCUGGGUGACAUGUUUGUAAAUGUUUACUGCAGUGGGCAAGUUCAUACUAAUUUCCUUUAUUGGCAGAUUAUAGUUUUCACUCUGGUUUGCAGUUUGCACCCUUUUUAAAAUUUUAUUGGAUUUGAUCUACAUUCAAGCAAAGUAAUACCUCAACAAGUAUUACUGUGUCAAAACAUAGCAGUUAUAUCAAGGUUUCCCAAACUCCGUCCUGGCCCCACCUCUGGGUGCACAUUUUGGUUUUUGCCUUAGCAUCACACAGCUGAUUCAAGUAAUCAAAGCUUGAUGAGCUGGUUAUUUGAAUCAGAUUUCUUUUUAGGAAACCCUGAGCUAAAUGUGGCUGGUCUGUAAAUAUGUAAUUAUUCUGUUCUUGAUUUUUAGUACUUUUUUUAUUAUGCUUUUCUACUUUAAAAAUAAACGUACUGUUAUUCAA